AUGGCGGUGAUUGGCCAUAUUAAGGUUUGUGCCGAAGCUUCUUUUCAGCCCCUUCAGCUGGCCUGGGAACACAUCCAUUUUGACGGAGCGUCGGCGGACAAGCACGGCGCAGCAUCCAUGCCGGUCUGCGAUCGCCUGCUUGGCGUUGAACGGUGGAUGCUUGCCCUCUCUUACCCCCCUGAGUUCUCUCCGCUCACAGGACGAGCACAGAGCACAUGCGCGACGACGACUUGCAUCAGAAAAGGGAAUAAGGACUGUCCGUCCGAAAGCACGAGGGUCAAAAAGCCACAUUCUAGGAUCGAUGUUGUUUGUACGCGGGUGAUAUCUACAUUUCCAGAAUCAAAAAAUAAAAAUAAAAAUAAAAAUAAAAAUAAAAAUAAAAAUAAAAAUAGGAAAAAACAAGGGGACGUCGUUCUUUUUUUCCUCAGAAAUGCCACUAGAGAAUCCAUGAUGUUUGCGCUGGCACGACGGAACCGAUUUGACAACUUUUCAGUGGCCGCAUGGAAGGUGGUUCGAAAAAUCCUGUUGCCAGACGAUUGCCGGAGAAUCGUCAUGCGCAAGCCAUUGUGUGGUCCACAGUUGGAUCAUGUUCAUUACUUCGCCGAGCGAACCCAUCCCAAGACUUCGCCUGCUUCAAUCGAGCAUUAUCACACCGUGACAGAAUCCAGAUUGGGUUUAGAACGAUGA